AUGGCAUCCACCAAGUUUCCUGAUCAGAUUCUUCAAAUUUCAAGAACAACCACGACAUGGUUGCCAUUAUCUACAGCAUGGCCUUCUACAGCCGCAUGCUCGAGUUUAGUAUAUGUUGGAUCGGGGAAAGAUGCUGGAAAAGUUUUUGGAUGGGAUCCCUUAUAUCAAGCUGUUCUUGACACUGGUUCUCCGCGCUGUUUUGCAGAUGAAAUGGCCAGUUGGUGGCUAGAGCCAGCGAGCAUUACGAUAUCCUUGGGUCCGACAUUCAACUGUCCUGCUGCGUAUAGCACCGUUGCAACUUCCGUUUAUAAUGCGGGUGUUACACAAGUUUUUUGUUGUCCUACCGAUUAUAAUCUUUCGGUGUUAAUUCCAUCACAUUCGUAUGGUGACUACCCAACUCAAUGCAUGUCUACUCUCACCGCCGGCGAUAUCCUCAAAUAUCAAACUGCUACCGGUGGCAUCUUCCAACCCACAAGUUUGACAGUUAGCUCAACACUACUUGUACAUGGAGAACAUAUCAAUGGAUGGAACAUCGACGAUGCCGUAUUUGCCUCCAUGAUUGGUUCUUCACAAACAGCAACAACAACAUCCUCCUCUACAUCCUCCUCCACAAACAGUGCAUCCACGACAACACCCAAAGAGUCCGGAGGCGCAAUAACCACAACCCCCCCAGAAUCCGCCACUUUCUCUCCCUCCUCGAAUUCUCAAUCUUCCUCAUCCUCAACCUCAACCCCUCUCACCAAGCCCACACCCAACAACAACUCGACUGCUCUUGCAGCCGGAAUAGGAAUCGCUGCCGCCGCCGUAGUCCUCGGUAUUGCCGCUGCUAUAUUCCUCUUAAUACGACGUCGAAAAAAGCGUGCACAUAAUAUGACGCAAGAAAUCGAUUCAAAAGAAAUCUAUACCUCUCCACCAUUGUUUGGUCGUGAGCCCGCUACGACUGAGUUGUCGAAUGAGGUUCCCCCGAGAGAAAUGGAUGGAGGUGUUAAUGUGAUGAAGGAGUAUUAUGCUCCGAGACAGAAUGUGCAUGAAAUGUAA